UUGAUAAAAGGAAAAAUAUUUUCAUUGCUGAUAAUUCCAAUCAUCGUAUUGUUAAAUGGAAAUAUAAUGCAAAACAAGGACAAAUCACUGCAGGCGGAAAUUGGAAAGGAAGUCGAAUGGAUCAAUUAAGGUAUCCAACAGAUGUAAUUGUUGAUCAACAGAAUAAUGCGAUUAUCAUUGCUGAUUAUACGAACAGCCGAGUGAUUCAAUGGUUGAAUCAAAAUCAACAAGUUCUCAUUGACAAUAUUAACUGUUAUGGUUUGGCAGUAGAUAAAUAUGGAUUUCUUUAUGUGUCUAAUCAUCAAAAGAAUGAAGUGAGACGAUGGAAAAUGGGAGAAUAUAACAAUGAAGGAAUUGUAGUGGCAGGUGGAAACGGACUAGGAAAUCAACUCAAUCAGUUCAAUUUUCCUACUUUUAUCUUUGUUGAUGAACAUCAAUCUGUUUAUGUAUCAGAUAGACACAAUCAUCGUGUAAUGAAAUGGAGAAAAGGUGCAAAAGAAGGAAGAAUUGUGGCUGGAGGAAAUGGUCAAGGAGGAAAUCUCAAUCAAUUGUCUUCACCUCAAGGGGUAAUUGUUGAUGAUUUAGGUCAAAUGUAUGUGGCAGAUAGUGAGAAUCAUCGAGUGAUGCGUUGGUGUGAAGGAAAAGGUGCAGGUGAAAUUGUUAUUGGUGGAAAUCAUUUGGAUGAUCUCAAAGGUUUGUCCUUUGAUGAUGAAGGAAAUCUUUAUGUUGUCGAUAUGGUCAAUGAUCGAAUUCAAAAAUUUGAAAUAAUUUUAUGA